AUGGCGACUCUUGACCUUGGCCAGGCUGUAUCUCUUGCAUCAAACGUGUAUAUAUACCGCGUGACAUUCGUUGCAACACUUGCCGCCUUGACAUACGACUACUUGCUGACGAUAGGACACGAGAAGGAGCUCGUAUGGCCAUCGCGUGUUUCAGUCGUCAAAAUUCUCUUCCUGUUGAAUAGAUAUGUACCGUUCGUCGGGAUUUCUGGGAGCAUAUAUGUGUUAAUUUCCCUUGAUACACGCAAGCAUUUAAGAAACUGCAUUCCCGGCUUUUGGGCAGGUAGCGCCUUUAUAAUUGCUGAGUAUGCCCUUGCAGAAUUGAUCCUGUACACCCGAGCAUAUGCUAUCUGGGGGCGCACAAGGACGGCUCUAGUCAUGAUUAUAGUUGUUAUUCUGCUCGUAUUUACUCCUGGAGUGUAUUUCGCAUCAACGACUCUCAAAUCAGCCACUUUACAUGAUCUGCCCAUCUUCCCUACCGGUUGUCUAAUAAGCCUCGAUGGACACACUGAAAUGCUUCCUAUGAUUUUUGUUGUCGUCUCAGAAGCAGUCGCACUCCUGGCUGUACUGGUGAAAGCCGGUUAG